UCCAUCUAUUUGCUUAUUUACUCUCUAAUUCAUGCCCCUUUUCCAUUUUACUCAUAGGAAUGUAGACAAUUUUUCUAAGGAAAAGCCACCUGUGACCUCUCUGUUUACAUAUCUUUGACCAUGCUCACAGUGGGGUAGCCAUUUUGGGGGUAGGCCCAUCCCAGAAUAAUAAAAAUCCUCUUCACUGUCAGGCAUGGGCAAGCCUCAUGGCAAUCAGGUCCUCUGGUGCCAGAAGUAGUGUAGAAUAUUGUGUCCCAACCCAGAUACUGACCACUUACUGACCCUUCUGAUACUUCUUGAGGUUGUGGGCUACACUGAAGGUCAGAGGUUGACCUGGUGUUUAGAUCAAAUCCUCAUGACCCAGGGCUCAUCAGUAUUUCUAAGAAUCCCUGUGACUCUGCUAUGCCCAGGCUACAUUGCUGUGAGGGCAAGCAAGGUGGGCUUAAGACCCUCACCCAGGCCCUCUUAUGCCUGGGCUAAGGCAGGAGGAGGCAGCCCUGGAAAUGUUCAAGAAACAGAUCAUGUGGGAUGAAUGUCCCUGGGACCAAUGCUUAUGUAACAACAAGUUGAAAAAUGUUCUGCCUUCUGUUUUUUAAUGACAAGGCAGGAAGUGGGGAGGAGGAGCUGGACAAGAUGCCAAUCAGAAGCUCAGGAUUCUGAAGGACAGGGCUGCGUGGGAUUAUUGUUAUGGAGAAAGGUCCACAGCAGCUGCUACCCAACACUUGUGUGCUGCUGAACUGUAGGGCUGACACUAUACAGCAUGUUCCUGAAGGUGCCUCUGCUCCUGGGGCUCUUUUUACUGGGGCCUCCUGUCUGCAGUUCUGGCUUUGUGGAUAUUAAUAAGAACACGCAUUUCUUUGCCAUGUGUGUGGAAUUCGCUAUGUUUCAGUUCAACCAAGCCCACAUGGAUGAGUAUGCUUACAAGCUGCUGUGGGUGGGGAGAAGCCAGCACAAGCAGUUUACUUGGAUUUAUUUAAUGGACUUGGAGAUGGGCCGCACAAUUUGUAAAAAACAUGAUGAAGACAUUGACAACUGCCCCUUGCAAGAAGGCUCAAGCAAGAAAAAGGUGGACUGCACUUUUGUUGUGGAUGCCCAACCAUGGAUUUCCAAGUUCACCCUUCUGAACAGCACCUGUGUGCAGAAAUAGGUGGGGAAGGAGCUCCUGGCUUCUCACAGGAGAAGAUUGUUUUCCUCUAGAGAGUGUCAAUUUGUCUGUAGUUAGGUCUUUGAAGCACCAGGAGGAUUAAAGGCAUCUCAGAGCA